UUUCCCUCUGGAAUUCCCAAUUUCCAAAGCAGAAAAAAACCUACCCACAUUCACACUCAUGGCGAUUCCCGAAGCAAAAAAGCUUUGCGAAUUGGUGAAAAGUCGUGCCAUUAACCUUUCUGAAUUUCUCCUUCCAAACCAAGAGUCUGUGACGAAGCAAGUGAAGAGAAUUCGGGAUGAGCUCCAUCGCAAGAUCUCCGAGGCGUGUGGCAUCGGACCACUGCCUAUAUGGUUUGAUCGACAGGAGGUGAUGUUGGCAAGUUAUUAUCGCAAUAGAGAGUAUGAAGAGCUCAAGCUGUGGAUCAAGUUCCUGCGAUACAAUUUUGCUGACUGGAACAGAGCCAAGAAGAAAUUGGCGAAAGCCAAACUGAAUUUACCUGCUGGAUUGAAUGUGUCAAAGAAAUUGAUGGUGAAAAAUGGGCUGGACACUACAGCUGUGAUGAAGAAGUCUAGAGCAAAGAACAGAGGUUGGAUGGAAAAGAGAAGGGCUACUCUGUACAACGUGGAGAGAGAAUAUUUCUUGGCAGAGGAAGGGCUUAAUUGGCAGGUGGCAAGCAUUUGCUUGUUUGCCAUUUCACUCUAUCGGUCGCUAAAUGUGCCAGGGACGGUGGUGCCUAUUGGUGACAUAGAUGACUUCCUUUCCUUGGAGGUCAUUCAUGCUAUCUUUCCUUUGACAGAGGGUGUUCUUCUUCUAUGCGAGUCUGAUGAUCAAGGAAAGAGCUACUCUGAUUCAUCUUCAGACCAACUCUCCUAAGGGCAAGUUCAGGGGAAAUUGAUUUUUUUGUGUGUUUUUAGUAGUUAGUUUUACUAUGACUUUGAAAUAGGAGAAAAGGGGAAAUUGAUUUUUUUUUUUGUGGGGUUUUUAGUUAAAUCUACUAUGAAUUGUGUAAAUUCCUAUGCUUAGAGGGCUGUUCUAAGCAAUUCUACAACUGAUUCGGUUGAAAUGAAU